AUGCCAGCGGAGCUGCAGUCCCGCCUCGACGCCUCCGACGCGGAGCUGCUCCACGGGUCCGGCGGCGACACAGAUCAGCCCACGCAGCGCCAGCCCCUCUGCGCGCGCAGGCUGACGCACACGGUGGUGCUGGCAAUGUCCUGCGGCGCGAUCCUGGCGCUGGCCUCCGUGGGCGUGGCGUCGCAGCGGAACGGGCAGAGCGGGAACCUGGCAUCUCUCCGGGUCCGGGGCGCGGCAACCUUGGUCGAUUUGGACAACGGUGCAGGCGCGGACAGCCUUGACGAUGAAGGAGGACUUGGGCGACCCGAGGCUGACGCGGACAGCCUUGACGAUGAAGGGGGACUUGGGCGACCUGAAGCGACCUCGGGCGACUCGGCCACGGAGGAGGCCGCGGAGCAGGCGACGGGUGAUGACGCCCCGGAGGAGGGCGGUGACGGCACGGAGGAGGCGCCGACGACGACGAAAUUGCGUCUCUUGGCCGACGCGGACAGCCUUGACGAUGAAGGAGGACUUGGGCGACCUGAGGCGACCUCGGGCGACUCGGCCGCGGAGCAGGCGACAGGCGAUGAUGACGUCCCGGGGGAGGUGGAGCAGACCGUCGACGCGGCCCAAGGCGCCGCGGAGGAGGCCGUGGAGCAGGCGACGGGCGAUGAUGACGUCCCGGGGGAGGAGGAGCAGACCGCCGAAGCGGCCAAAGGGGCCGCGGAGGAGGCCGCGGAGCAGGCGACAGGCGAUGACGACGCCCCGGUGGAGCAGACCGUCGACGCGGCCCAAGGCGCCGCGGAGGAGGCCGCGGAUGAAGACGAUGCCACGGGGGAUGCCGCGGAUGACGCCGCGGAGUAG